CCGGGUGCCGGCGGCCGCUGCAGGUUGCGCCGGGGUGGCGGCGGCGCGGGGGGCGUGGCCAGCGGCUCAUUGUGCGCGGCGCAGCGCAGCGCCGCCGGCCGCCGAGGCCCUGAGGGCAAGUUGGCGUUGCCUCCGCGGUCACCGCCGCCGCCGCCGCCGCCGCCGCCGCCCUGCAGCCCGCUCGCUCCCUCGCUCCCUCGGCGGCGCGCUGCCCUUCCAAGAUGGCGGCCGCUCCCGGUGUCGGAGCCGCCGCCGCCUCCUCGGGCCAGGCGGAGGGCAAGAAGCUCGCCGACUUGCGCGUUGUCGACCUCAAGUCGGAGCUGAAGCGACGCAACUUGGACAGCACCGGCGUCAAGACGAUGCUGGUGUCCCGCCUCAAGCAGGCUAUUGAAGAGGAAGGAGGCGAUCCAGAUAAUAUUGAAUUAACUGUUUCAACUGAUACUCCAAACAAGAAACCAACCAAAGGCAAAGGUAAAAAACAGGAAGCAGAUGAAUUAAGUGGAUAUGCUUCUGUGGAGGAUGAUACUUUUGUCAAGGACUGUGACUUGGAGAAUCAAGAGGCAGAUGAACAAGAUGGAAAUGGUGAACUAAAGGACUCUGAAGACCUUGGUGAAAGUGAAGACGAAAUUGUGCAUUUCAAGGAGUUACUGUCUGCAGAAGAGAACAAGAGAGCUCAUGAAUUAAUAGAGGCAGAAGUGAUAGAAGAUAGAGAAAAAGAGGACAUCGGAAGUCAGGAAAUUGAAGUUCCAGAAGGUGAAGAUGAUACCUUUCUAACCGCCCAAGAUGGUGAGGAAGAAGAAAAUGAGAAAGAUAUAGCAGGUUCUGGUGAUGGUACACAAGAAGUAUCUAAACCUCUUCCUUCAGAAGGGAACCUAGCUGAGGCUGAUUACACAGCUCACGAAGAGAUGGAAGCUAAUGCGACUCUGAAAGAAGCUGAGGAUGACAACAUCUCGGUCACAAUCCAGGCUGAAGAUGCCAUCACUCUGGAUUUUGAUGGUGAUGACCUCCUAGAAACAGGUAAAAAUGUGAAAAUUACAGAUUCUGAAGCAAGUAAGCCAAAAGAUGUCCAGGACGCCAUUGCACAGAGCCCGGAGAAGGAAAGCAAGGACCAUGAGAUGAACGCCAGCCAUAAAGAUGGUAAGAAGGAAGACUGCGUGAAGGGUGACCCUGUCGAGAAGGAAGCCAGAGAAGGUUCCAAGAAAGCAGAAUCUGGAGACAAAGAAAAGGAUACUUUGAAGAAAGGGCCCUCGUCUACUGGGGCCUCUGGUCAAGCAAAGAGCUCUUCAAAGGAAUCUAAAGACAGUAAGACAUCCUCCAAAGAUGACAAAGGAAGUACAAGUAGUGCUAGUGGCAGCAGUGGAAGCUCAACUAGAAACAUCUGGGUUAGUGGACUCUCCUCUAAUACCAAAGCUGCCGACUUGAAGAACCUCUUUGGCAAGUAUGGAAAGGUCCUGAGUGCAAAGGUGGUCACAAACGCUCGCAGUCCGGGGGCCAGGUGUUACGGCAUUGUGACCGUGUCUUCCAGCACGGAGGCAUCCAGGUGUGUCGCUCACCUCCACCGCACUGAGCUGCACGGACAGCUGCUAUCUGUUGAGAAAGUUAAAGGUGAUCCCUCUAAGAAAGAACUUAAGAAGGAAAAUGAUGAAAAGAGCAGCUCGAGGAGUUCUGGAGACAAGAAGAAUUCAAGCGAUAGAAGUAGCAAGAUGCAAACCUCUGUCAAAAAAGAGGAAAAAAGGUCAUCCGAGAAGUCAGAAAAAAAAGAGAGCAAGGAUCCUAAGAAAAUGGAAGUUAAAGACGCAAAGAGUGAUAAUGAAUCAAGUGGCCAAACCUCAGAAUCAAAGAAAAGUGAAGAAAAGAAACGGAUAAGUUCAAAAAGUCCAGGACAUAUGGUAAUACUAGACCAAACUAAAGGAGAUCACUGUAGAUCAUCACGAAGAGGAAGGUAUGAGAAAAUUCAUGGAAGAAGCAAAGAAAAAGAGAGAGCUAGCCUAGAUAAAAAAAGGGACAAAGACUACAGAAGGAAAGACAUCUUGCCUUUUGAAAAGAUGAAGGAACAAAGAUUGAGAGAACAUUUAGUUCGUUUUGAAAGAUUGCGACGGGCAAUGGAACUCCGAAGACGAAGAGAGAUUGCAGAAAGAGAGCGUCGAGAGCGAGAACGCAUUAGAAUAAUUCGUGAACGGGAAGAACGGGAGCGCUUACAGAGAGAGAGAGAGCGCCUAGAAAUUGAAAGGCAAAAACUAGAAAGAGAGAGAAUGGAACGCGAACGCUUGGAAAGGGAACGCAUUCGUAUUGAACAGGAGCGACGUAAGGAAGCUGAGCGCAUCGCCCGAGAACGAGAGGAGCUGAGAAGGCAACAGCAGCAGCUUCGAUAUGAACAAGAAAAAAGGAAUUCUUUGAAACGCCCACGUGAUGUAGACCACAGGCGAGAUGAUCACUACUGGAAUGAGAAUAAAAAGUUGUCUCUAGAUGCAGAUGUGCGAUUUGGCCAUGGGUCUGACUACUCUCGCCAGCAGAACAGGUUCAAUGACUUUGAUCACCGUGAAAGAGGCAGGUUUCCUGAAAGUUCAGCGGUACAGUCGUCGUCUUUUGAAAGGCGAGAACGCUUUGUUGGUCAUAGUGAAGGGAAAAAAGCACGGCCCACGGUGCGAAGAGAAGACCCGGGCUUUGAAAGGUACCCCAAAAGUUUCAGUGACUCCAGAAGACAUGAGCCUCCACCCCCAAGAAAUGAACUUAGAGAAACAGACAGGCGAGAAGUCCGAGAGCGAGACGAGAGGAGAACCGCGAUCAUCCACAACAGGCCUGACCUGAGUCAUGCCCGACACCCUCGGGACACAGGGCCCACCCCUUCUCGCCCGACCUCCUGGAAAAGUGAAGGAGGCCUGUCCUCAGACAAACGAGACUCGAGAGUUGAAAGGCCAGAACGUUCUGGGAGAGAAGUCUCUGGACACAGCGUGAGGGGACCCCCGCCUGGGAGUCGCAGCAGCACUUCAGGCUAUGGGAGCAGAGAGGGGGACAGAGUCAUCUCAGACCGAGGAAGCGGAGCCCAGCACUAUUCCGAGGACCGACACGUAGUGGAACGCCAUGGGCGAGACGCGAGUGGACCCAGGAAAGAGUGGCAUGGCCCCCCUUCUCAGGGACCUAGUUACCACGACACAAGGCGAAUGGGUGACAGCCGGACCAGCUCGGGCAUGAUGACUCAGCAUGGGAGUCACGCAUCCCCCAUCAGCAGGGUUGUUCAGAUCGGCGGCAGUUCCCUGCCAAGAGGGAGUGGCUCUGGAUUUAAGCCGUUCAAGAGUGGGCCUCCACGGCGCUUCUGAAGACUGCGCGGCUCUGAGCUGAUUCAUGGAGACCUCCUGUCAGCUCUGCGUGACUACUUACGACGCGGACCUCUGAGUUGCUUGAAAGUUCUAUCAGAGUUUUUUUGUUUUUUUUUAAUCUAACCUGAUUGCUUUUCUUGAUUUUGGAGAAGGAUGUUUAACUAGUUCUGUUGUGACUUCCAAUAGUUUUGUGUAUUCAACAUUUUUCCCUUGCAGCACCAAGACACAUUUGAAAAGAUUGGAAUCCAAGUUGUUCUGUUGUUAACACCACGUGACUAGAAAGAGUAGUUUGCAGCUGUGUGGUGAUAGUCUCCUUUGCAGCACUAGCUCUGGUGUCGGGCGCUAGAACCCCUUCUGUCAUCAGGCAUGUUCAGCCUCCAUUUGAAGGCUUAGAAAGUCUACUGUCAAGUUUUUAAAGACUAAGAAUGUUCCUUGCAUUUCUGAGUAUUAUGUAAUCUAUUUUGCAGAAGGUACUGUUACAUUAAGUGCAUCUGUGUAUCCUGAUCUUAAAGAAAUGUACUUUUUUUAAAAAAUAAACCCUCAUAUUCUGUAUAGUUGCUUAAGCGUUGCGAACCUUCUUGAUCAUAAAAGGAGACCCGGUUUCAGCUCAGUGUAGGGAGUACACUUGCUCAGAUUUGCACGGCAUGGCGCCAGAUACAUGAAUGAGACUGUGACCAUGAAGUUUGUGUCACUGAGCUUCUUAGAUUGAGUCGUGCCGGCAAGUGCACUUAAUCUGUGCUGUUGAAAGAAAUCCCACCUCUAGGAAUUGUGUGGUAUUACUGCUUCCAUAUUCCCAACUAUGUUGAGAAGUGGGGGGGGGGGGGGGACAAACCCAGGUUCUGGACUGGUGAAUCAGUUGGGUUUUGUAAAUACUUGUAUGGGGGAAGGCAUCGUUGUCUCUUUGUGCAAAUAAAAAGCCACGCCUG